GAGUGCGUCCAGCAAUGCCGGGCUGGCGGGAGGAGGAGUCCAAGGGGUGAAGGCCGCCCAUGCUCCCCGACUGACGUGCAUUGGAGAGCCAGGCCCGCCCCGUUCCAGGCGAGCGCUGGCGGAGCCCUGGUGUGGAGCAUGUCAUUGUGGAGAGUGCGGAUGCCGAGCAGCGCCUGCCGAACGGCUCGGGGGUAGCGCAGGCUGCGAGGCUCCGGCAGAGCCUCCUCUCACCGCCUCUCGCCUCCCUGCCUCUUACCCUCGUCCCAGUGAUGACGCCCGAGAGCCGUGGCUUCGCUGCCCGGCCGCUGCUGCUGCUCCUCGCCGGCUGCCUGCACUCGCUGAGCGAGUGCCUCUUCGUCACCGACUACUUCACCAGGACCCCCCGCAAGCUCAAUGCCUUCACCUCCUUCACCAGCGCCGAGCUCUUCCAUUUCCACGUGCCCGAGGACACCGUGGUGGCCGUCUGGAACCUGAUCACCUUCAAGGAGCAAGGGGGCAGCUUUGGCGAUUCCUGUCCGGAUCGAGACAUCACCGUAUACUUCCGGUCCGGAGCACCGCCGGUGAUUAACCCGCUCCACAGCCGCUUCCCGGCCGAUACCGUUGUGCCGGGAUCCUUCGCGGUGACUCUCACCUGGAAUUUACCCAACCGCACGACCGGCAUUUUUAACAUCAGCAGCCCGCUCCCCGGAGACUGGUUCCUGGCUGCUCAUUUACCAAAGGACAGAGGGAAGAUAUCAGUCAAGGGCCUCUAUGAAGAAUGCCAGUACCUCUUCCAACCGCAGCUCAUCGUGCAGAAACUGAUUGGGAUUCCGGUCCUGUAUCCCGGUUACGUGAUGGAUCAGAUGAUCCCAGCCCACAACAGAUCGGCACUCUACAAGGUCUUCGUUCCCAGUUACACAUCCCGGGUGACGGUUCAACUGUCGGACUGCAGCAGCAGCAACAAGACGAUACGAGGCUGUCCGGUGUUGUUGAAAGUCAGAGCCAAGGCCCCGCCCCUGCACAACUCCAGCCACGUGGACUGCGGGCCGCUGCACGUUUGCGAGCUGCGGCACCCAGCUCCCUUCUGGCAGCAGUGGUACUACGUGCUGGUGGAAAAAUCCAACCGCAGUCUCAGCCUCCACUUCCGCAUCGUGCUCCACAUCACAGAAUGUUCCAAGCCCGCCGUUUCCAAGGGCAUCUCGGCAGCCAUUACGCCAACGCUGAACAUGCCACAGUCGUUCGGCUCCCCGGGGAACCCCUCCAUCUUGGAAACCCUCCCCAUCGUUGGGUUCAGCCCUCAGCGGCUGAAUGAGUCGGGCACGGCCUCUGCAGAGGGCGGAGGGCAGCGGACUGCUGUUGCCGCGGGAGACCAGUGCUGGCCCGUCCGCCCCACCCUCCGGAAUGAGCUGGACACCUUCUCCGUCCACUUCUACAUCUUCUUUGGACCAAACAUCUCCAUCCCUCCUGAUAAGGUGGCCGUGUUUGUCAUCAGCCUGAUGCCCGUCCUGGACAGCGGAGGCGUCCUCAACAUGGAGCUGAAGUUGAACACGUCCUCAGUGAAAGGGGAGAAUGUGACUGUGAUUGGUUGCUUGAAUCACGGGAUGCCUCUGACAUCAUCGGACAACAUGUCGACCAGCUGUGAAUCAGAGACAUCUGCAGGGUUUGCCCUCUUGGUCGACUCCACCUCAAACGUUACCAGAAUGCAUGUGCCCUAUCCUCAGACUGGGAACUGGUACAUCACCCUGCGCUCGCUGUGUGCUGCUGGACACGGCAGGUACGAGAUGUGCAGCAACGUGACAGCUGAGGUUUACCUGCGUAUGUUCCUGACCCCGUGCAUCAGCGAGUGCGGCACCUACGGGCAGUGCAAGCUCCUGCGCACCAACAACUACCUGUAUGCUGCCUGCGAGUGUAAAGCAGGAUGGAAUGGCUGGGGCUGCACGGACAACAUGGAGGCCUUCUCCUACAGCUUCCAGCUCCUGUCCACCCUCCUGCUGUGCCUCAGCAACCUGAUGUUUGUGCCACCUGUUGCCAUCGCUAUCCGUGGCAAGUACCUGCUGGAGGCCUCCGUCUACAUCUUCACCAUGUUCUUCUCCACGUUCUACCAUGCCUGUGACCAGCCGGGCAUUGUCGUCUUCUGCAUCAUGGAGUACGAUGUGCUGCAGUUCUGUGACUUCCUCGGCUCCCUCAUGUCCGUCUGGGUCACUGUCAUCGCCAUGGCCAGGCUGCAGCAAAUCAUCAAGCAGGUCUUGUACUUACUGGGUGCAAUGCUGCUUUCGAUGGCCUUGCAGUUGGACCGUCAUGGGCUGUGGAAUCUGUUGGGGCCGAGCCUCUUCGCUCUCGGAGUCAUGGCCAUUGCUUGGACGGUGCGGGCUAUCCGGAGGAGGCACUGCUACCCCCCCACGUGGAAACGCUGGGUCUUCUACCUCUUCCCCGGCACGGUCAUCGCCGCCUCCGCCGUGGCGCUCUACGCCUUCGUGGAGACCGAGGGGAACUACUUCUACAUCCACAGCCUCUGGCACAUGCUGAUCGCUGGCAGCGUGGGCUUCCUGCUGCCUCCCAGCCCGAGGUCCCAGCGGGGCACAGCCACCUCCACAGGGGCCGUGCCGCUGCCCCGGAAGAGGGGCUGCGGCUACCGACUCUGCGUCAACGAGCACGAGGAGAUGGGUCUGGUCGACCCAGGACUAGUCUCUGUCAACAGUAUCUGCAGCAGCUGAUGACCCUCCGGCCCCAGCUGAGCGGCAGCCAGACUCUCUUCCAGACCAGCAGAAGGAGGGGCAGGAGGAGGAAGGCGGUGGGCGCCUUGUAAAUAAAACGAGCCCAGGGCAGGCGCCACACCGGGGGAACUGUCGAUACCAUGCUUGUCCACCCCAGACAAGGACUGCACCUCUUCGUCUUCUAGUUUACCUUCCACCGGGGAGUGCACAUGUUCAAGAACUCUCUCAGAAGGAGCGUCUCAAUAAAGAUUCAAGAUUGUUUAAUGUCUAUUCCUGUUCACAAGUGUAAGGGAGAACCAAAUAAUUGUUACUCCAGGGCCGAUGCAGCACAAAAAAAACACCAACAAGGGAUAAAGAACACAAUUAUAAAAAAACACACAAUAAAUAUAAAUACAUAAGAUAGUUUAUAUACAUAGAAUGAUUGUAUGUCCAUAAUGUGACACUAGACACAGGAGUGUCUGUACAUAA